AGACGCUUAACGUGCGCAUUUUGCACCGAAAAACAGAGGCAAAGGCGCAAAACCUGACAGAGAGGGGGAACUAGAGCUCUCAAAGAUGGUGGACGAUGAUGACGAUGGCUUCGGCGACUUCGAGUUCGCGCCAUCGAAUCCGACCGUCCAUUCCAAUAUCAAUUUCGUCAAUGGCCAAGAUUCGGCUUCUGGCGACGACGACGAUGACUGGGGAGAUUUUAUAAACUCCGGUGGAAUGUCCCAUGCCAUUUCGCUCCCUAAUAUCUCGAAAGCUGUUGACCCGUUCGGAUUACUUACAGAUCAAAAACUGGAAAACAAAGAUCCAGAACCGACUCAGACUGGCUACGAACUCAGUCGAGUUAAAUCGGGCAUGAAUCUGUGGGAGAAGCCGAACGGAGCUUUGCCUCUUUCGAUCUUUGGGGAGCUAGAGAAAGAGGAAGAAUCAGCUGCCAGCCUUCCACCAUUUGGCGAUGGUGCUGGGAGCUUAUUCUCUAGUAGGAAGGUUGAUUCUGUAAAGAAGGGAUUAGAUGUUAAUGAUUUGCUUGCUAAUUUAUACCAACAGAGAGAUCCUAAAAAAGGAUCUGUACCAGAUACGAACGGGUCGAAUUCUGUAGACAAAACAAAUAAGAACGGGACGAUUUCAGAUUUGCAUAUGAGUAUAGUGAAUUUAGGCGUAACUGAGCCCAAUUUGAAUACGCCUGCUCCAGAUUCGAGUUUGAAUAUCGUAAAUACGAAUACGAUUCAUCCAAACGCGAACGGUAAAAAUGAGCUGAAAACGAAUACAGAACAGUUGAUUUUGGAUUGGGAUCCAUUGAAUUUGAAUGCAGCUGCGUUGAACUCAAACCAAAAUGGGACGAGUGAGGUUGUAAAAGGUGUCGAUGAGGAUGAUGACGAUGAUGAUGAGUGGGAAUUCAAGGAUGCACAACCCAGAAUUCCGACCGGUAAUGAGAUUUCCAAGAUGAGCCAAAUCGAGACUGAGAAUGGGCCAGUAUCUGAUCUUAAUGGAUUCAAUACAAAUUGGAAUCCGUCGACUUUGGAUUUUAGUGGGUGGAAUUUAAAUCUUAAUAUUGUUAAUUCAACUACGAAUUCAAUAAACGUUGGUCCAAUUCAUGAAAAUAGUGAAGUUGAUGAGGAGGGGUGGAAAUUCAAGGGUGCCGAUCUCAAACUUCAGGUUGGGGAUGAUAAGUGGAAAUUUCAGGAUAGCCAGACCAAGACUGAACAUAUGACGACAUUGAAUUUAAAUUGGGCUGGUUCAGGCUGGGAUCCAUUUUGUUCAGAUUCCAGUGGUUUCAGUUCAAGUGAGGUGAAAUUGGACGAGAAACGGUUUAUUGCAAACUUAAUUGAUGAAAAGAAGGAUUCUAGGAGUGCUAAUGGAUGGGUCUUCAAUGGUGCCGGACAAAAAUUUCAGAUCGGAUAUGAGAAUUCUUUGAUCAAGUCUGAAAAUGGACCAGCAUUGAGUUCUAAUGGGACUGAUUCUAGCUGGAACACAUUGACAUUGGAUGGAAAUGCAAACUCAAAUUUAAAUGGGAUGAAUUUGGACAAAAAGCAAGCAAACUUGGAUCUAUUUGAUGAAUAUGGUGAUGACAACAAUGGGUGGGAAUUCAACACUGCAGAAUCAGCAUCUAGGCCCCAAGAUGGGAAUACUAAGGUGCAAGAGAGCGGGAUAACGGCAGACAACCAUAAAGGAGCUCUGCCUCUGUCCAUUUUUGGUGAUGAAGAAAAGGAAGCAGAUGAUCCUGUGAUUUAUCAAGACAUUUCAACUCAGGCUUCCACCUCUGAUCGAAGAGAUGGCAUUAAGGGUUCUUGUUCGAAUAUUUCCAUCAAUGAUCUAAUAUCAAGUUUGUACAGUCAAGCUCAGCAGAAUACUUCAGUUAAUCAUAAAAAAAAUCUCAGUGAAAGUGGAUUGGAUUCCACCAAAACCAUGAUGGUCCGUUAUUUGGCUAAUCAUGAUUUUGGUGAUGAUUCCUGGGAAUUUCAAGAUGCCUCUAUAGGCCCCAGUGCUGAAGAUCGGACCUCUAUUCUUGGACUCGGAGAGUCUGUCACAAAACACGAACAAAGUCUUAGUGGAAAUGGACUGGAUCCCACUAAAACCAUAAUGGCCUCUAGUUUGGCAAAUGGUAAUCAUGAUUUUGAUGAUGAUUCUUGGGAAUUUCAAGAUGCCUCUACAGGAUCCCGAGCUGAAGAUCAGACUUCUGUUCUUGGACUUGGAGAGCCUCUCACAAAACAUAAUACCCAAACAGAGCUAAAUGAUUUUGUAGAAUUCUUUUCCAAAUUGAAAGAAGAAUUGCACUAUGUUUUACUUUUCCAUCUUGAAAAUCUGAAGAAAGCUCGAAGUGCUGUUGCUCUUACUGGUGAAGAUGUGAAAGUGCAAGCUCUUGACAAAGAAAUACAGGAUCUUAAUGAUGAACUGCACCAAAAUAGUAUUAUCUCCAGUGAAGUCCAUUCAGAGAAUCACCCUACUGGAAACGUGCACCUCAAUGUAUUUGUUGAAGUUCUGCAGGAGCCAAAGUUCCACAUUUUUGAGUCAGAAUGUCAGUUAACAGAGAAAUUAUCACUAGCAGAGACUGAUUUGGGAUCAGCAAUUGGAAUCUUCAAGUAUGUGGACUUUACACUGAAGAUUUUAACAUUGGUACGGAGGGAGGACCAAUUUAGUUAUAUUUCUGUGUGGUCUAAAAUGCUGGCUGUCUGUGCUCAAGAGUUGAGACAUGGUGCACUCAUUUGGAAACAGUCAUUGCAGGAGAAUGUCCAUGGUCAAAUAUUAUUUAAACCUCAAGGCAAGAAGUAUGUCCUUGCCCUUGGUGAAAUUUACAGAAUUGUUGAAGUUCUUGGAUCCUCAGCCAGACUUUAUAAACCAUGGAUAUUAGCAAGUUCAACUAAUCCCAUGUUCAUAUAUACCCUUCUAAGCGAGUGUUCUUCCCUAUGGUUAAAUUCAGGACUUGAAGAAGCUCUGCAAAGUAUUUUGAGUUCAGCUGAUUUUGAAUAUGAUGGAAGUCUCAAGACAUUGCCGGAAUCUAUCAAGUACAUUCACGAACUUGAUGUGGACACGCUUUAUAACCAUGUUUUCUCUGGACAAGGCCCUAUCUGCCAACUGUCAGCAUUAACUGCUGACACAGUGCCUGGGAUGAAGCCUGUAAUCUGGAAUGGAGAGUAUUGCUUUCUUACACUUGCUAAUUUAUGGGCAAAUUUAGUUAGCAGUGACCCUCCAAAUUUGCCAUGCAUACAUGUUGGCUGAUGAGAAUGUCGGGAUAUCUUGGAGGUCUUUUAGCAGCCUUUUGUCAGAGAUCACUAUCUAAUUAAAUUACACCGUUUGUGACAAGCCUCAUCGGACAUAGACCAGUUGGAAUUAGUCUUGUGGACAUAAACAACAAGCUGCACCACAGCAAGGAUGGCACUCGGGGGAAGUUACAAUUUGAAACUGAAGAUCUGAGUGCCUGCAUUGGAGCUUGGGAAGAUUCCAGGUCGUCGUCUUUUUAAGUUUACCGUUGCCAUUCAUUAAUAUUGAAGCCGUGAGAGCAAUUGAAUAUGGAGUUGCGUUGUUGUGAAAUGGGCAAAUUAAAUGAUGCCCACAUACUUAGAAGUAGGAUUCUUACAUGAAUAUGGUUGCUUUUCAUCUCCAUUCUUUUGUUUUGAAAAUUUGUCUUGUAAGUAGCAAGGAAUAAUGAGAGUUUCUCAUGAUCAAAUUGUAUGUUCUUCGAUUUUGGAGUAGCAAAAGACAUUGUUCGUCAGUUUUAAUUUUAUUGUAGAGAGAGGUUUUUUUUUUU